UUAAUCAUUAUGAUUAAUUUAAUCAAAGUUAGAGAAAAACAAAAAGAAGCAGCUGAAAAUGCAGGAUCAAAAACACCAAUUAAAGAACAAACAGCCUCAAAAUUACGUGUUCAUAGAGAUAUUAGUGAAUUAACAUUACCACCAAUUUGUACAAUUGAAUUUCCAAAUGGUAAAGAUGAUCUUAUGAAUUUUGAAGUUUCAAUUAAACCUGAUGAAGGUUAUUAUCAUGAUGGUGAAUUUCCAUUUAAAUUUGAAAUUCCAAUACUUUAUCCACAUGAUGCACCAAAAGUUAAGUGCAAAAUCAAAGUUUAUCAUCCAAAUAUUGAUUAUGAUGGUAAUGUUUGUCUUAAUAUUCUUAGAGAAGAUUGGAAACCUGUUUUGAAUAUUAAUGCUGUGAUUUAUGGCUUAAUCCAUUUGUUUACUGAACCUAAUCAUGAAGAUCCACUUAAUCCUGAAGCUGCUGAUGAAUUAAGAGAUAAUCCAAGAUCAUUUGAAUCCCAUGUUAGGAGUGCUAUGUGGGGAGAAAGUGUGCAUGGAUUGACUUAUGAUCGUAUACUAUAAUGUUAUUUUUAAAUAAUUUUUUAAUAUCGAUAUUUCAAAUACUCAAGUUUAAUUUUAUAUAGUUUAGAAAAAUACUGAAUGACUGUAUUUAUGUUGUUGCGAUUCUAUAAUUUUGAAAAAUAAUUUCAUUAA